AUGGCCGUCGGCACUGUAUUUGUCAUGUACCCGCGCAAGGACGGCUCGACGUUCAACAAGGACUACUACCUCACGUCGCACAUGGAGCUGUGCAAGAAGCACUGGACAAAACACGGCUUCAAGUCGUGGUCUGUGACGGAGCCCAAUGCCGACAGCCCCUACAUCUGCAUUUCGGUGCUCGAGUUCGAGACGCCCGAGGGCUUCGGCAACGCCGCUCAGGACUCGACCAUCAAGGAAAUCAUGGAAGAUGUAAAGAACUACUACACGGAGCCCCCCGUUAUCGCUCACGGCCCCGUUGUCGGUCGUGGUUAG